UGCGUUUAUUUUGGCUGCGCUUUUCAUUUGUCUGACUGUCGCCGCCAUUAAACUUGACGGUAGCGGUUGUGGACCAUGGAGAGCUGCGAAUUUAUACCGUAAAGUCGUCGGAGGGCUCGGCUUUGUUCGGCGACUCGCCGCUUUGUUCUCAAAGGUGAACAUGAGAGAGACAACAGGGGUCGACAUAUUUGGUACAGAGGAAAGGUUUGAUUGAGCUGGAUGAGGAGGAGGAGGAGGAGGGCACAGCCGGACGGGAAGGAUUUGUUGUGGUUUCCACCAGCUUUCAGGAGGCCAACACCGUCACUAAACGCUGGAGUUUAAAAACCAGGAAAAAAUAAAUCCACAAUGACGGAACAAAAGGUGAAGUGGGCCUGUGACUACUGCACCUAUGAGAACUGGCCCUCUGCAGUCAAGUGUACAAUGUGCCGUGCACCGAGAUUAACGGGUCCCAUUAUCACAGAGGAGCCUUACAGAAACGCCCCGGAACCCGAUCCUGGUCCAGAAUGGGAUCCUGCUAGAACUGAGAGUGGAAGCGGUCUCCUCAUCUGCCCGGACUCCAGCGCCAGACCCAGAAUCAGGACGACCGGCGUGGCUGAGCUCGCCAAUAAGUGGUCCUGUCAGGUGUGUACGUAUCUGAACUGGCCGCGCGCCAUUCGCUGCACACAAUGCCUGUGGCAGCGCCCCAGAACCAGCAGCCCGACAGAGUCCCCGCAGACAUCUGGCACCAACGCAGACUGCCGCCCCACUCUCCACUCUCCUGUGGGUACGUGCGAGGAGUACAACGAUAGAAACAGACUUAACACCCAUCAGCAGCAGUGGACGUGUACAACAUGCACUUACCAGAACUUACCCAGAAGUACAAAGUGUGUGAUGUGUGACUUACCGAAACCUAACAACCAGGAAGCGUUAGGGCUCCCAGAGCCCGCAGGGUCCUCUCCCUUGAUCAUCGAGCAGGACAUGGCGAGGUGGAGGGGCAGCUGCAGUGGCAGCCAGGUCCAAAGGAGAUCCCCUCCUGUGGCUAAGAGGGAGGACUUCCAGAGGAUAGAGCUGGCAGCUGGAGCCAUGAGCACAGAGGAGCAUGAGGUCAACUUCAAGAAGCUGAAGCAGAUUAGAAACCGCAUGAGGAAAACUGACUGGCUCUUUCUGAGUGCAUGUGCUGGUGUGGUAGAAGGAGACCUGGCUGCCGUGGAGGCCUACAAGUCAUCAAGCGGCGAUAUUGCUCGGCAGCUCACCGCUGACGAGGUGCAGCUCCUUAACAGGUCUUCAGCAUUCGAUGUGGGCUUCACCCUGGUCCACUUGGCCAUUCGCUUCCAGAGGCAGGACAUGCUGGCUAUCUUAUUGACAGAGGUGAAUCAGCAGGCAGCGAAGUGCAUUCCCUCCAUGGUGUGCCCCGAGCUGACUGAGCAGAUCAGGAGGGAGAUUGCAGCAUCCCUUCACCAACGCAAAGGGGACUUUGCCUGUUACUUCCUCACCGACUUGGUCACCUUCACUCUUCCUGCAGAUAUUGAGGACCUGCCCCCUGCUGUUCAGGAGAAGCUGUUUGACGACAUGCUAGACCGAGAUGUGCAAAAAGAGUUGGAAGAAGAGUCUCCAGUUAUUAACUGGUCCCUGGAGCUGGGGACACGCCUGGACAGCCGUCUCUACGCCUUGUGGAACCGCACAGCUGGAGACUGUCUGCUGGACUCGGUUCUGCAGGCUACCUGGGGGAUCUAUGACAAGGACUCUGUCCUUCGUAAAACCCUCCAUGAUAGCUUGCACGACUGCUCCCACUGGUUUUACAGUCGUUGGAAGGAGUGGGAGUCCUGGUACUCGCAGAGCUUUGGUUUACAUUUCUCUCUUAGAGAAGAGCAGUGGCAAGAGGACUGGGCUUUCAUCCUGUCUUUGGCCAGCCAGCCUGGGGCCAGCUUGGAGCAGACCCAUAUUUUUGUUCUCGCACACAUUCUUCGAAGACCCAUCAUAGUCUACGGAGUGAAAUACUACAAAAGUUUCCGCGGGGAAACGUUGGGAUACACUCGUUUUCAAGGUGUGUACCUUCCUCUGUUAUGGGAGCAGAGCUUCUGCUGGAAGAGCCCCAUCGCCCUAGGCUACACGCGGGGACACUUCUCCGCCCUGGUGGCCAUGGAGAAUGACGGAUACGACAAUCGCGGUGCAGGCGCUAACCUCAAUACAGAUGAUGAUGUCACGGUCACCUUUUUGCCGUUAGUGGACAGCGAACGGAAGCUACUGCACAUCCACUUCCUGUCUGCUCAGGAGAUGGGAAACGACGAGCAGCAGGAGAAGCUCCUGAGGGAGUGGCUGGACUGCUGCGUGACAGACGGAGGCCUCUUGGUCGCCAUGCAGAAGAGCUCCCGCCGCCGUAACCACCCCUUGGUCACCCAGAUGGUGGAGAAAUGGCUGGACAGAUACCGCCAGAUCCGCCCCUGCGCCUCUCUUUCUGACGGCGAGGAGGAGGACGAUGAAGAUGAGUGAGACGGCCAGAAGUUGUGCUUCUUUGAAAUGGACAUUGUAGGAAAUGAACAUUUAUUUAUUUCAAUCACCCUGCUUCUAGUGCUGCUCUCUCUGUUCCCAACCGUUUUCUUUUUCUAAUUUAGUUUGAUUCAUUGUUUCAUUACGUAUUUUAUUUUGCACAUAUAAAACCUACGUUUUGUCAAGGGAAGAGGGGGUUACAUUCGUUUGUUUUCAUUUCUAUGUGCGAAUCGUAGCCCAAGUUUGUGUUUUGAAGAGUGAGUGGUGCCGCCAGCGGGGAAAAGAGAUUACAAACACUCUGCCUCUUCUAUGGAGAGCAUUAGUAUUAAUUUUCACUCAUUUGCAUCCAUCUAAUUUCUUGGAUAUUCUUUUAUUUCUACCUGUUUGAUUUGAGAAUUUAACUGGUUGCCAGUCUUAAUACAUGUUAAGUUGGAUAUCAUGUUGUCUUUGAAGAUUUAAAUUAUUUGAAAACCAAGAAAGGUAUGUAAUAAUUUUGCAAGUCACAGAAGAACCGAUUUUCCUCUGGUCUGUUGUGGAGUUGGUUAUCUCUUCUCUUCUGCCAUUGUGGCAAAUUACUUAAAGAAGCUUAAUAAGCCAAUGAAAAAGACCAGCUCUGUUCUGGGAAGAGAUGAUUUUACAAAGAGGAAAUGUUCAUGAAAUGAAGAACAUUAUGGACAAACUUUAGGAUCUUCUCCAGAAGACUGUUGAAGAAAGAUGCUUGUCAGAACUGCUGCAAGAUGGACAGCUUGGGGAGAUCCUUCCUGCCUGCAGCAACUCAUUGGAGGAAAAAAAGAAACCAAAAACCUAUGAGUUAUGACAUCUGAUUUCCCUUUGGGAUCAAUAAAAUAUUGAACUGCAUCUCCAGAACCUUUUA